AUGCCACAAGUGAUGCCCGCCGCCACCGACGACGUGGAAAAGUCCGAGGUCGUCAAGAUCGAGGCCGAUCUCCAGAACCAGCUCCGCCUGCGCCGCGGCCCUGACUACGAUGCCGCCGCCUCCAAGGCGCUGCUCUGGCGGCAGGAUGUCCGCAUCGUGCCCCUCACCAGCUUCAUCUACCUGCUCUGCUACUUGGACCGGAGCAACAUCGGCAAUGCAAAGGUGCUCAACGCAGCCGAGGGCGACGAUCUGCUCUCCGAGACCCGCAUGACCGACCAUCAGUACACCAUCGCACUGAUGGCGUUCCUGAUCGCCUACGCCGUGUUCGAAGUUCCGUCCAACUACUUCCUCAAGAAGGUGUCUCCGUCGAGGUGGAUCGCCUUCCUGAUGUUCUCCUGGGGUGCCGUCACCAUUGGUCUGGGCGGCGCGCACAACUAUGCCACCGUAACAGCGGUCCGCUUCCUGCUCGGCAUCUUUGAGGCCGGCCUUUUCCCCGGCCUGGUCUACUUUUUUACGUUUUGGUACCGUCCCGACGAGAGGAGCGUGCGCAUUGGCGUCAUGCUUGCCAGCGCGACGCUGGCCGGUGCCUUUGGUGGCGCCAUCGCCUAUGGCGUCGGCCACAUGAAUGGCGCCAACGGGCUCUCAGCGUGGCGCUGGCUCUUCAUUCUGGAAGGCGUGCCUAGCUGUCUGUGCUCUGUUCUCAUCCUCUUCACCUUGCCUGAUUAUCCCCAGACGGCAUCAUGGCUCUCGGAAGCGGAGAAGCAAUUGGCCGCUGACCGGCUGCAGCUCGACAGCUCCACGGAACAUGAGGGCAAUCUGAAGUGGAAGGAUGCGAAAGAAACGCUGACGGAUUGGCGAUUGUACGUGCAUUAUGCCGUAUACUUCGGAAUAAGCACGCCGUUCAGUAGUUUGAGUCUGUUCACUCCAAGCAUUACAGCGGGCCUGGGAUACGAGGGACUGCAGGCCAACUUGAUGACGGUGCCACCAUACGCUGUCGCAUACGUAGUGACAGUCGCGGUGGCAUGGAGUGCAGACCACUUCAAUGCACGCGCUUUUCAUUCGGCCUGCUUCGCAACCAUAGGCGCAGCCGGGUUCCUCGCCUCAGCGGUUCUUCCUCCAGACGCUUACUUGCACCGCUAUGGAUGCCUUAUCGUUGCCAGUGCUGGCGCUUUCUCGUGUAUCCCGCCGCUGCUAGGUUGGCUGUCUUCCAACAUGUUCAACACCGCGGCGACUGGCCUCGCUAUCGCGCUGAACAUCUCCUUCGGCGCGCCCGGCCAAAUCGCGGGCGUUUGGAUCUACAAGGCUGGCGAGAAGAGCAAGGGUUACCCUACUGGCCAUUGGGCGAAUGCAGGAUUACUCUUGUUUGUGGCUGUCGGGGGCCUUGGAUUGCGUCUUUACUACGGGCUGCUGAACCGGCGCGUUCGGAGGGGUGGCGGGGAUCGGGUUUACGUCUAUUGA